GAGCUCCGUUAAGUAGAUUUCUUAUUGUCUGUUUUUCAAUUUAAAAUCAAAUUUAUACACCAUCAUUUUCGUUUCUUAUAACGUGUGAAUAUACCCCCUGUUGUAUUUUACAACUAAAACAUCCGGAUUACUUUGUUAUAACUAGUUUUGUUUGAUUUCCCGAGUUGCUAGCUUAUAGCCCGUUAGCAGCACCAGCGUGGUUGCCGCUAAUCCUGCUUGCAUUGUUUACACACAUUACCAUUGUUUACUCACUGUUACUUGCUUUAAUGGCGAAUUUGUGUCCACCUUUGAGUGCAGGUGAGGACACGUUCGAGCUGCACUCGUUGCAGCUCGAGCUGGAGGCCGUGGAGAAGCAGAUUCAGGAGCUGUUGGUGCGGCAGACCGAGCUGAGAGAGCGGAGAGCCGCUCUGGAAUCCUCCCGGGUAAGUAACGUUAUACAGCGCGAUACUAACACUCUGACCACCUCUACUCCGUGUGCUUCUCUGCACAGCUCCCGUGCACCCUGGACGCGAUCUUCCCAGAUGUCCUUCACUCCGGCGCCGGGACACCACGGACCCUGGGUGCAGCAGCAGCGGAAGACGCGAGCCAGGCCCCAGCCGAGGACCUCGCCCCCUCCGCCGCCUCCGGUCUUCGAGAUCUCCACCCGGAACCGCUUCGCUCCCCUUCGCGAGACGGAACGCGACGCUGUGAUCGUCGGAGACUCCAUUGUCCGGUACGUACGUGCUACUUUAGCUAAAGGUAAAGUCCACACCCACUGUUUUCCUGGUGCUCGCGUUCUCGAUGUUUCUGCGCAGAUACCCGCAAUCCUGAAGGACGGUGAGAGCGUCGGCGCGAUCGUCCUGCACGCGGGGGUGAACGACACCAAGCUGCGGCAGACGGAGGUUCUGAAGACGGACUUCAGCAGCCUGAUCGAGACGGUUCGCAGCACGUCGCCCGCGACGAGGAUCAUCGUGUCAGGACCGCUUCCCACGUAUCGACGUGGGCACGAAAGGCUUUUCCAUGCUGAUGGCCUGCACCCCAGCAGAGUCGGAGCGGAGCUGCUGUCGGACAACAUCUCCAGGACGCUACGCUCCAUUUGACUAGUAAGUACAUUCUCAAAUGAUUGCUACGAUGGCUUUUGUUCUGAACGCUUAAAUGAUAGUACUUGCACUGUCCAAUCUAUAAAGACUGUGUCUGUUCCUCGAAUAGUGAGAUCAAAACAUAAAUUUAAUGCAGGAUCUAGAAAAAAUCUGAUCGUAAUUAAACCAGAAAAAAGCAAAAUACAUGAACAGAAACCAUUUUUAAAGCUUGGGCUGCUAAACAUUAGAUCACUUGCACCGAAAGCAGUUAUUGUGAAUGAAAUGAUCACAGAUAAUAGUUUUGAUGUACUCUGCUUAACUGAAACCUGGCUAAAACCUAAUGAUUAUAUUGGUCUAAAUGGAUCUACUCCACCAAACUACUACUAUAAGCAUGAGCCCCGUCAGAGUGGUCGUGGUGGUGGUGUUGCAACAAUAUAUAGUGAUAUUCUCAGUGUUACUCAGAAAACAGGAUACAGGUUUAAUUCAUUUGAAAUACUUUUGCUUAAUGUUACUCUGCCAGAUAUGCAAAAGAAAUCUCUCCUAUCUCUUGUUUUAGCUACUGUGUAUAGACCGCCAGGGCCAUAUACAGAUUUCCUAAAAGAAUUUGCAGAAUUCCUUUCAGAACUAUUGGUUAAUUUUGAUAAAGUGCUAAUUGUCGGAGAUUUUAACAUUCACAUUGAUAAUACAAAUGAUGCGUUAGGACUUGCGUUUACUGACCUAAUAAACUCUUUUGGAGUCAAGCAAAAUGUCACCGGGCCCACUCAUCGUUUUAAUCAUACGCUAGAUUUAAUUAUAUCGCAUGGAAUUGAUCUUACUGAUAUAGAUAUCGUACCUCAAAGUGAUGAUGUUUCUGACCAUUUCCUUGUAUCGUGCAUGCUGCGUAUCACUGAUAUUAACUA